AUGUCGUUCAUUCUAAAACGAUCUUUCUCUUUGAGCGGCGCCUUGCGGUCGCAUAUUGGGAGCACUGCGAUCUACCUGACGCCGCAGACGAAGGUGUGUGUGACACCGCUGGCAGUGCCCAGGAUAAUCAGGAAGGGCCGCAAGUCGAUGAAGCUGACGCAGCUGGCAACCGUGGAGGGUCCCAGGGGCAGGAUCGAGAUGGAGAUCCCGGAUUUUGUGAGCGUGAAGCUGGAGGACAACAACGCCAAGCUCACCGUGUGUGUGGCGAGCCCGGAGCAGAAAAUGCAGCGGUCGAUGUGGGGCACCGUGAGGUCCCACUUGAACAACCACGUCAGCGGCGUCAACGAGGGCCAUCUGGCGUCGCUGCGGUUCGUCGGGACCGGCUACCGGGCCCAACUCGAGCGCAACAACACGUUCGUGAACGUGAAAGUCGGCGCCUCCGUCACGCAGGGACUCACCGUACCGGACGGCAUCGCCGUCAAGUCGCCGUCCCCGACCUCGCUGCUGGUCGAGGGCUGCAACAAGCAGCAGGUGCUGCUUUUCGCAGCAAACCUGCGCAAGUUCCACCCUCCAGAGCCCUACAAGGGCAAGGGAAUCUAUGUGAAUAACGAGACCAUCAAGCUGAAGGACAAGAAGAUCAAAUGA